UCGUCGGUUUGUGUGAUUUUUCAUUUUUUUGCUUGAUUAAUCUUUUUUAAUAUUCUAAACCGUAGCAUAUCUUUUCAAUUAGCAUAUUACAAGAACAAUUCUCAGUUAAUUGUUUCAAGAUUUUUUUAAUAUAAGUAGUACUACGUGCUGCAAACUUGUACAUUUUCACGACACUAAUUAUAGUUAAAUUACAUGAUGUCAUUAAUUUUUUUUUUCCUAUUUUGUGAAUUUAUUAUAGAGGAACUUUUUGAAAACAAAAUGUCAUCAGGCAGAGAGAAUUUUUUCCAAGAGAGCACAAUGAAUGUUGACUCAAGUUUUGCUGAAGUUGAGUCACUCUGUGCUAUUGGGUCUGCUGACCCUCCUGUGCAACAACAACGAAAAAAUCAAAAUCUCUGUGGUUCCUUAUUGGUGCCCAGUUGUCAAGAUGCGGCGGCUCAAAAGGACCAAAACCCGCAAGAGAAUUUGCUUCCACAAAACAACAUGUUACCAGAGAAUAACUUGGGGAAUAUGUUGCAACACAUCUUGUGCGUGCCAAGACUAGCAAAUAACCAACAACCCCAGCUUAAUUUUUUCCCAGGCCAAACUCUAUCUCGAGAGGUCCAUCCACGUGGUAGAAUACCAAGACUUUUCUCUGGAUCAUCUUCUCGUACUGGAAAAGAGGUUGUUGAGGGAGAUACAAGUCAGGAUACGCAACAAAGAAAAGAUUCUCCAUGGGUUCACAGGCCUAUUGGCAAUCGAUUGUAUGAUCCAGCCUUUGCCGCCAAUGGUCUACCUGUGGAUCCUCACUUGCGUGCGCUCAAAAGGAAUCCAGCCUUUUGUAAUAACUUGAAGCGUAAGCAAGACAAAAGUCUGGAUGGCUAGGAAGAAGGGGUCAUUUGUGGAGCGUUCUCCUUCUUGUGUUUUCUUUUGAAUUUUCUAUAUUAUUAAAUUAAACUAAUUAUGUAUUGAACACAUUUCUUUUCCUUCAGCUCUUUAAAUUCAAUGCAAAAUUGUGUUCCGUAUUGUCAAGUAUCUUUGUUAUAUGCU